UGCGAGUGAAUGUAUUAAAAUGCAGUAAAAUGUUUUGUAUUUUGGAACAAUGGUUGGCUAGAUCAGUUUAAAAAUGGCCUCCCAUAAUGGCGGACGUUCUCCUAAAGAUCUACGCCAUCUUCUGAGCGUUGCUCGACAGGUAGUGUGUAGAAAAUGACAAAUGUGUUUGCUGUUUGCAUAAUUGUAUUUUAGUGCUUGCAUCAGUUGCAUGCUGCUCCUGCUUGCAUAAUUGGCACAUUCGCUAUUAUUUUAAAUGUAAUACAUACUGGAAUGUAGCAGGCAGGACUUGUCCAGGGUACAAUCUCUAACACUCCAUUGGGCAUCCAUUUUGAGCACUUUCUCGAUAUUAACGAUAUAUUCGUAUAAACCAAAAUCUAUCCUAUAGCUAUGUGCAUUUAUAAUAAUAUACAGCACCAGCAUGCACCCCUUGACGGGUAGGGCACAUUAGGGGUAAUUCUCAAUGGGUUAACUAGACACAUGGGCAGAUAGUCUGAUUAACUUAUUGAGUUCCCACACCAUAAAGUUUGGUCUGUGCAGGGGAUGCUUUCCGACAAAAAAGUGUUAGGGGAUGAUUCUAUAAAGAGGCAGAAUGACAAUGUUACUGGACCCCCAACUACAAAGUCUGAAAAUAGACCAAACUGUCGUCAAGUGGGUAUCAAAUUCAAGGUUAUUGGGGGUAACAAUAGACGAAGGAUUAACAUCAUCAAAACAUGCCUGUCAAAACAGGGUAUCCUAGGUAGUGGCGCUACCUGCAAGUGUCUGUAGCUAACUGCAAUCCUUGUCUGAACUCUGAAGUUUUUAUGCAUGCUAACUAAAAAAAUACUUAAAAUUUUCCACAAACUAAUUGCAAAAUUUUUUUGGCUACCUGCAAAAAAACUAAAUAUACAGGCAUGUGUCAAAACAUCUGAUAUCUGGUACAAUGUGCUUAGAUCUAUAUAAGUUAUUCUCUUCUGUAACUUAAUGCAAUAUCCAGCCAUCUGUGGUGGCUUCAGCAAUAAGUGGGCUUUGAUGCCCUGGAGGUGCUCCACUGUACGUAAGGCUGCAAGAAUAAUUUAUCACAAGAAUAUUAAGUAAAUGGAAUCUGUUAUAUGAUAUGUAUAAAGUUAGGUCACCAACUCUAUGUACAAUAUUUUUUAUCAAGCAACCUCCAUGUAUGCAGGACAUUAUAGAGAAUACUACAUAUAAUUUAAGGAAUGAGAACAACAUCAUUGUUCCACUCUUUGAAACUUAAAUUCUAUAGAGGAGCCAUUGUCUGGAAUUUACUUAGCCCACUAAACAAUGCAGCUAAUGUAUGCUAAACAAUGCAGCUAAUGUUCUGUACUGUACUGUACUGUACUGUACUGUACUGUACUGUACUGUAGAGGCCUAUAAAAUUAUGGCUUGGAAGUCUCAGGCUCUCAGGGAGCUGAAUUUCUCCAGUGAGUCAGCAGCAACAACUGGGAAUAUUGAUCGAGACAAGUUUCAUAUAUUUUUAAUUAUAAACAAUGAACAAAUAUAUAAUUACAUAUAUAGGUAGUUUGUACUUUGUACCUAAGCACAGCCCCACAGCUUCAGCUUUUAAAUCUUUACCAUGUUGAAAUAAAUAAUUUUAUUGUAUUGUCAGUGUAUUGUGCCAGUGCUCUCGCCCUGAUAAGUAAAAUCAUCUGGUGUUAGACAGAGUAAAAUAAUAAAAUACAGGUGUAUGUACCACAGAAUAACGCAAAAAUUCACAUGUUCCAUAUCUUUUGUCUAAUGUAUAUAAUAUGCCGUUCCUUAAUAUUUUUUAGUUUUGUCUAUCAAUAUAUUUUUUCUUCCUGGGAGUUUUGGGGCAAGAUCUCAUAGACUUAAUUAUUUUUUUAAGUGAAUAUUCUGUGGGAAAAAAUCCAAUGUACCACAGAAUACCAGCCAGAGGUAAGAAAGCAACUUACAGUUUAUCAAAUUGUACAUACCAGGAUUUGGUGUGUCAUGUUGUGUGAUAAUAUACUGUGGGAUAUUGCUAACUUAAUUUAGUGAAAGUUAAACACUAAAAUCAGUACAGAAUACCAGUGGUAUAACCUAUUUAAGAAUACCAGGUUUAUCAAUAAUUUUGAAAAAUUCAGUUUUUCAAUGGGAAAAUUGAUUACACUGUGUGAUUCUGAGUGUAGUAGUAAUGUUGUGUUGCAUAGAAAAAGUAUUGAUCAGCAUAAAUUAUGCUGGUUUGCGAACAUAUUUUUAAACAUUCGGAUUUUACAGGCAUUAUGCGAAAAAAGUACCAAAAAUAUAGAAUGUUACUUCUUGUUAAUCCUGAUUAUUUUUAAGAAUUUUUAAGUACUAUUUAAAAAACGAGCAGGAGUGUUUUAUUAGGUUUAAAGCCACGAGCGCGCAGCGCGAGUGGCUUUAGGCCUAAUAAAACACGACCCGCGAGUUUUUUAAAUGACUUCAAAAACGUAUGCAUAAUAAAUCAAAUCUUUAUAUAAAAAUCUUUAUAUAAAAAUCUUUAUAUAAAAAUCUUUAUAUAAAAACCUUUAUAUAGUUUGCAUAACAAUGGUCUUUUGUUAAAGUGUUCUUUAGCUGGUAUAAAGACGUAUGCACGUGACUAAUUUCUUACUCAAGAUUGGAUAAUUGCUUCAUGAAUUAUUAAUGAGUUUUUGAAGAAAAUAUACAGUUACAUUUUUUGUUUUUAUAUGUCAAUAAUUAAGACUAAAACUAAUAUAUAAUCACAAAAAUAAAGUUUAUAUUUCCUUCAAAUUUUAUAUAAGAAAUAAAUAUACUGUAAGACUGGUAUUCUGUGGAACAUACACCUGUAGGUUGCAUUAGGACACAAUGCAACUCAAUGGGUUAACAUUAUUUGGCAUGCCAAUUUAGCUUUGGUAAAGAAAGAAAGUCUCAAUUUUACCUGGAUUCUGAAAAUUUAGAAAAAGAGAGGGCUAAGCCCCUCCCAAGAUAGGCUUUUUAUAUAUUAUAUACAAUUCAUAAUUUCCCAUUAUGUGGUUAUUUUGUAACAUUUAUUGUGGAUGGAUGGUUGAGAUGUUCAAAUGCAGGUUUGUAUAUGUCAAAUCUUCCUGAUCAGAAGAACGAAAUGCCAUUCAAACGUUUCUAGGGGAGCAUUCCCCCAGACUCGAACACAGUUGUUUAGUCCCCCGGCCCCCCUCCCACCGCAACCAAACCAAUCUUCUGCUAUCUAUUGAAAAGAGGGACGCCUUUUCAGGGUACAUUCCAUCAGGUGACAUGCGUUGAAAUGGCAACAUGUAGAAAUUAAAAUAAUGACAUAUGACAUGAGUUUUAUGUCUUUAUGAAUUAUGUCCAAAUUCCGAAAGCAAUUGCUGCUAUGCCAAGUCUUUUGAUAAUGACACACUGCUGAUCUUUGAACUUCAAUAUAAACCUGCCUUAGUUACAGGGGCGAAACUAGCCCCUUUUAAUCGGGGGGUCUGUCAGAAUUGCCCUGCAAAAGUCGAUGAUGCCCUGCAGCAAAUUUUUAUUUUUGGCCACUAUUUUUCAAAAAAAAAUUUUGAGGUUUUCUGGAGGUUGAAAAAACAUGCGUGAAAUUUUAUUUCUAUCAACUAUGGUGAAACCCUUAUUUUUGGACCAAUAUCUGCAAAAUUUAGGUCUAUAAAUUCUAUUCAAUUCUCUCUGGAAGCCCUGUAAGUUACUUAAUAACUCUACAUUCUACCAUUUAAAAUCUUUGAUUGCCCUGCCAAUCCAGAUGAUUCGCCCUGCCAAUCCAGAUGAUUCGUAUUUUGGAGGGUGUUACCCCCCCAUACCCCCACUUCAAGUUAACCCUCUUUGUGUGUACAUCAGUGCAUGUCCUCUAAAAUGCACAGCUCUAGCCAAGUUUUAUUUGUCAUGGGUUUCAAAUUCUGGAUGUAGAAUCGAAUACAUUAAUGAUUCAAAUUUCUAUUUGAUUUCAUCAAUUAAGGAUGCAGCAUUUUUCCCAGAAGAGAUUGAGGAGAACUUGGCAAAGUUGAAAAGUUUGCCCACAGAUGAAACAUCUGAAAAUGCAAUGCUCCGUGAUCGCAUCGACCAACAGUCUGAACUUAUAUGCAUCCUAAAGAAACAGGCAGACACCACUCUCAUUAAAUCACAAUCACUUGAACAAGAUAUGAGAGAACUACAAGCAGCUAAGGAGGAAGCGGAAUGUAAUUAUCAUGAUCAAGUCAGAAAAUAUAUUGUGCUUGAAAAACGGUUUCAGACAUUAUAUCAUAAUCAUGAAGAGAUUAUAAAAAUAAAGGAUGGGUACAAAGUAGUAAAUGAUGAAUUAAGACGAGAGAAUAAAGAUUUGUUGGCGAGAAAAGCGGAGGAAGUGGCCGUGUUGAUAGAUGAAAAGAAUGAGAGGAUAAAAGAAUUGGAAAAUAGUUUGAAAAUAUUGAACGAUAAAUUUCAGAACUGCAAUGAUUUUUUAAUGUAA